AUGAGUGCAGAUGUGGUUGAAAUACUCUCGCCCAGUGCAGUCGUGCGAGUCUCGAGCCCGACCCAGCUGCCCAUCGAGAGGAGGAGGCUCCAGCUCUCCCCGAGCAGAGCGCGGGACCUCGAGGUGACCGUCAGUCCGGGGCUUCGAUUGGGAAGAGCCCAACUGGAGAUCGGCUCACUCACUGAGGACAUCGACCACAUGCGCUCAGAGCUCAAGUUUCUGCAGCGCGACCUCUCGAAGGCCCCGCCGCCGCCACUGGGAGCGAGUGUGAAGACGAUCUCCACGAUGGACACCGCAAGGCUGUUGGACUCCUGCAUCAGCGACAAGGUGGACGCCAUGAAGCUGGACCUGGACACGGAGCGGCGGCAGCGAUUGGCCAGGGAGGAGGAUGCCCGAGCCAGGCUCCAGAACGUUCAGCAGAGCUCCGAUGCCCAUGCCGCCCACCAGUUCCACACGGACGGCCGAGUCCGGAAGAUGGAGGAGGCCAUGGCGGCUCUGGAGAACCGCCUGGAGAUGCUCUUUCAGGACCUCGACCAAGGCAUGAAAAAGCGAAAGGAAGGGGAGGAUGCACUUUGGCUGGCCCUGCAGGAGGUCCGAGAAAGUCUGGGGAAGGAAGCACAGCAGCGCGCCGCCCGGGACGAGGAGCUGUCGCGAGAGGAUGCCGGUCUCGCGCAGCUUUUGGAGCAGGAGCGCUCGGAACGAAGGAAGGCGGAGGACGUCGUGGGCAGGGACCGCAAAGCGGAGCUCCUUCGUGUCGCCUCCGUGGAGGCCCAGGUGGCACAGGCAGCGGAGACCCUGGACUUCAAGUUCCACUCCUUGAAGGAACUCCUGGAUGGUGAGAAGACCGCUCGAAGCGGCAUGAGCGUCAAGCUCGAGCACGAUCUGGCAGAUCUGGGAGUGGCUGUGCGCGGUGAGAAGGACGCAAUGGAGAGGAGGUUAGCAGCUUUCCAGCAAGCUUGUGACAAGGACGUGGAGGAAAAGCUGCGGGGCCACCGGCAGGGUAUGGAUACCCUCAUUGACCGCAAGCUCUCUGAGUUGAAGGAGUCGGUGGAGCAGGGCUUCACCCUCGCAAAGCAGAAUCGGGAAUCGAUCCAGUUCGCCAUGGAGCGAGAGCGCGAGUCACGGAAAGCUCAAAGCGAGACGCUCCUGGCGAGCUUGGAGGCGCGCUUGGAGCCCGUGCUUUCCCGUCUUGGCCAAGCAGAGCGGCAGGCAGAGGCCCUCAGCUCGAAAGCCGAGAGAACUUUGCAGGAGCACCAGAGGCUUCAGGCCAGCGUGGAGGAGCGCGCGGAAGCUGAGCGACGAGAUCUCCAAACUUGGAGAGUUGAGCUGGAUGUCUUGAAGAAGAAGAGCCUGGAGGCUGAGGAGUUUCAGAAAGAGCUCAAGAAAGUCAAGGACGCUCUGGAGCUGUUCCCCAGCGACUUGGGCGGAGGCUUCAAGAAGCUGGAAAAGAGGUGCGGGAGCCUGGAGACCGAGCUGCAUCAG